CUGAGAUGUCUAAGCAUCGAGUUUGGCUCAUUACCGGUGCCUCUUCCGGGUUCGGAAGAGAAAUGACGGAGCUUGUGCUCAAGAAGGGAAACAUCGCGGUCGCGACUGCGAGGAAGCCUGAAACUCUCGAUGUCAGCAAGUCUCAGGAAAUCAAGGAGGUGUUCGUACAGAUUAGCGAAACAUUCGGACGGCUAGAUGUCGUGUUCAACAACGCGGGUUAUGCCUUUCUGGGAGAGGUUGAAGCCACACCCGAGGACGCUGCUCGCGCAAUGUCUGACACAAACUUUUGGGGAGCCACCAACAUCAGCCGAGAGGCAGUGAAGUUCUCCAGAGAAAUGAACAAGCCGAUCGGAGGGCGGCUGGUCGUCAAUUCUUCAGAAGCUGGCUUUCAUGCAAUGCCAGGACUCGGAUUCUAUUCUUCCUCGAAGCACGAAGGCCUAACCGCGGCGCUCGCACAAGGACUCGAUCCAGAAUAGAACAUCAAGGUUACCAUUCUGGAGACUGGGAGUUUCGUCACACGAGCUGCCGAUAAAAUGGCCGCUCAGGUUUAUAUCCAUCCUGCAUACACCAAGCCGGCUCUUCCGAGCGUUGCAUCGGUUGCGUACUUCACCGAUGGCAAGUCAAAGGGUGCGAGUACGUCGAAGGCAGUACAGAGGAUCUACGAUCUGACUGUAGAACCUGAGCCUUCCUUGAGAUUUACCCUCGGCAAGGAUUCGGUUGAGAUGGCUAAAGGAGAGGCGAAGAGUAUUCUGAUGGACGUUGAGAAGUAUGAGUCAUGGUUUGAG